UUGAUAUCAUACAGGUACUUGCCAAUGGAGAUAUUAGGCUCAUUUCUUGAGCUUGGGAAAAUAAUAUUGGCUCCGAUUAUUGAAUAUUAUAAUCAUUACAGAGGUGCUGAUGAACAUUUGAAAAAUCUAAAGAGAAAACGAGAUGAUUUAGAAUGCAAAAAGUCAGACAUAGAAUUAGAAAUGAGGGCAGAACUUGUUCCAGGAAAGAAACCAAAAAGAGAAGUUAAAUCUUGGCUCCAAAAGGUAGAAACGAUUAAUGAGGAGAUACAAAAGAUUGAGCAAGAGGCUAUCAGAGGGAAGUAUCUCUCACGUAUGCACUUUGGAAGAGUUGCUUGCGAGAAGAUACUAGAGGUGACAGAAUUAAUUGAUCAAAGUUGUGGUUUCGGUGAUUGUUUGGUAAUUGGUCCACCUGUAAGGAAUGGAGAUGAAUUGCCAACAAGAGCAUUAGUGGGAGAGAGUACAGCCAAAAGAACAUUGGAAAAGAUUUGGGAACACUUGUUAGAUGAAGAUUUUAGAAUAAUUGGUGUUUAUGGUAUGGGAGGAAUUGGUAAAACAACUGUGAUGAAAGAAAUCAAUAAUCGCCUAUUAAAAGAGAGAUACGAGUUCAAUUCUGUAAUUUGGGUUACCGUAUCAAAGGCAUUCAAUGUUAUCAAACUACAAAAUGACAUUGCAUGCCAUUUGAAUCUAGAGAAUGAACUCUCAAAGUUCAAGGAUGAAACAACGAGGGCAGGGAAGUUGUAUGCAGAAUUGAAAAAAAGGAAGAGGUAUGUGCUAAUCCUAGAUGAUAUGUGGAAAGCAUUUCCUUUGGAAAUUGUAGGGAUCCCAGAGCCUACUUCGGCAAAUGGUUGCAAAUUGGUAUUGACGACUCGAGAUGUUAAUGUUUGUAAUGGAAUGAAUUGUGUAAAUAUUAAAAUGGAGCUUCUUUCAAUAAAAGAGUCACGGGAUUUGUUUUUAAAAACAGUGGGCUGUGAUGUUUCGAAUAUUCCAAAAGAUGUUGUGGAAGGAGUUGUCAAAGAAUGUGCCCAUUUGCCUCUUGCAAUCAUCACUGUAGCAGGAAGUUUGAAAAAUGUAGUCGAUAUUUCAGAGUGGAGGAACACAUUGAAUGAGUUGAAGACACCGGUGAAGGGUCUCGAACAUGUAGAUGUAGUAUUUCAGAAGCUUCAACUUAGUUAUAAACGCUUAAACAAUAAGAAACUCCAACGUUGUCUCUUGUUUUGUGCACUAUACCCUGAAGACUACGAGAUUUAUAGAGACAAUUUGAUAGUGCAUUUGAUUGAUGAGGGAGUAAUAAAAAGCAUGAGUAAAAGGCAAGCAAUGCUGGAUAAGGGCCAUACUAUGUUGAAUAAACUUGAAAAUGCC